ACAUUUUUUCACGCUUCAACAUAAGUAGACGGGGGGGCCUGGGUUGCUGAGAGGGGACUGUGGCAUUUUUGGUUCAGCUGGGGAAGGACUGUUGCAACUGGUGAAACCACAACUCAGCAAAAGUCAAAAGAGAGCGAAAGGGGGCUAAAUGUGCAAUUACAGAAUAUACUUCGGUUUUUGCUUUGUAAUUUUCACUUCACACCACAGGGUGACGCUAAACUGAGCUCUAAGAAUUUUCGGAUGAGAGCGCGAGGUUUGCAGUUUCAGGAGUGGAAAUGACAUCAAGGGUAAUGUCGUUCCGUUAAAUAAGCUUUUAUCACUCAUUCGGAUUUAAAUAGCAGUCGCAAUUUCACAGCUUUUCAGCAGAAAUAACUGGUAAGGCUUGAAUACUAAGAGAGAGAAGACGGACAUGAAACAGAUACAACAUUGUAAGAGUUUGUUACAAACUUGCCACUUCCGCGUUCACGUUCUGCAGCAUCGCUUAGACCAAAGUGUUGGAGCACUGCCAAAACGUGGUUUUUUCACUGCUGCCAUGUUGCGCACGUAUGAUAUUAGAAAGGUUGAGCAGUUGUCCAAGGAGCAAAGGAGGUUAUGUUUUGACACUCACGCUCUCGUUCUUGAGCUGGAGAAUAAUGGUUUUCGAAAAGAGCAAGCAGAGGCUGUAGUCACAAUAUUAGCAAAUUUAACCAGUGCUAGUAUGGAUUCCACGUACCAGGACAUGGUAACCAAGGCACAGCAGGAAAUAAUGCUGCAACAAAUCAUGGCCCAUUUGGACUCCAUAAGAAAGGAUAUGGUCAUUCUGGAGAAAAGUGAAUUUUCUAACCUGAGGAUGGAGAAUGAGAAAAUAAAAAUUGAGUUGGAGCACCUAAAACUACAGCUUUUGGAUGAAAUUAAGAAAAUCAGAAGUGACACAAAACUGGACAUGAACUUAGAGAAGAGCAGAAUUAUGGACACGUUUAGAGAGCAAGAGAAGCUUUUAAUGACAUCUAGAAAUGAAUUUACUGAACUGAACUCAGACACAGACCGUGCCAUCACUGAAACAAACAAAAAAAUUGACACAGAUGUGGCUUCACUUAAGACUAUGUUGGAAUCACUCAAACUGGAAACAAUGAGGUAUCUUGCAGCAUCGGUGUUCAGUUGCCUAGCAAUAGCCUUAGGAUUUUAUCGGUUCUGGCAAAAAUAGCAAAUGAAAGAUGAUCUUCAGCAACAAACAAUAUAAUGGAACUUAACGAUCUUGAAGACAAUUCCAUAUAAAAAAAUAGGAUUUUCCUGGAGAGAGUGAUUGUUGAUCUGCUGUGUUUUUAGGAAAGUCUGUUAUAUUCCAUUAAUGUUAAUUAUGUUUACAAAUUAUUCCAAAACUUGAUAGUGAGAUGAGACACAAUGCUGUUUUACUUGUAACAUUCUCAUAUGAACUGAUUUUGGCUGUUCUUAAUCCAUGCUGAUAAGAGUGGGAUCAUGGCACAAAACUGAUCUUGAACAGCUUCUUUAUGAACAUUGAAUGUGUUGCAAUAUUCAGCAUUUGGUGCUGCUUUGAGGUCCUGAUUCUAGCCUCUGGGUAUUCUGUAGCUGAGCUUGCUAUGCUGAAUAUUGAUACUUGGUUGUUCAGUACUAAUGUAACCUUGAACAGAAUUCUUUUUUACUUGCAAUAUUUAUUGAAACUGACGGAAGUUAGAGAAGACUGACGGACCAGUAUGUGGCAGCUCUUUGAGGUAAUUAUGGAAAGUUAUAUGAGAAACUAGACAGCCAACUAUUUUGCCACAAAGCAUAAAUCCAUCCACCUAUGUUAUUGUUUGUGCUGAGAAACGAGAACAAUUAAACCAAUUCAUUCUUUGGAAAAUUAAAGGAUAAACAAUUAAGACAAGUUUUUAAAAGUCACUUGGUGUAAAGAAAAUUAUCAAGUCAAGUCAAUUUGAUUAAGUCAGUAUAAUGAAACGUGUGUGUUGUAACAAAGAUGAAUAUUCCUUUUUUAAAAAGAAUGCUUGUACUAUAUGUUCAUAAAAAUAAAGGACUUAA